GAGAGAGAGAGAUCUGUACAGUCAGCACUGAUAAUGCCAAGGAUUCUGUUACUAACUGCACGCCUGGUAGUAUGGAGACCACAACUGGUGUGUUAGUGUUUUAUAGCGACGAAUACAAAUAAAAAGAAAACACGAAAACAAAGCUAAAGUAAACUUCUAUCAUUACAGUGUUGAUAGUGUAUAAACUUAGUGUUAGUCUGGGAAGCUGCAGCUGGACACCAGGUUCAACUUGACAGCUUUUAUCAUUUUUUUUAUUUUAUUUUUUUGUCUUCCCUCGGCUCCGGUGUCAUGUGCGGGUUAACAUGGCGGUUUGGAGCGGGUUUCGCCACGUUUACUUCAGUCUGACUGGCGCGAGCCAGAACAACAACAACAACAACAACAAUACACUACGAUAACACACACACACACUUCCAGUCGACGGAAACAAUGUCCAAAAGUGGCCGGAGGGUCCGACCUGGACAUCUGAACGGUUCCCGUGGCAACGGCGGCGUCUCCAUACCAGGUUGUGCUUCAACAGGACCGUUUCGCGCUCGUGCUUUCCGCGUGUGGCUGUGGCGCGCGCUGCCGGUGAUCCUGAUCCUGCUGAUGCUCACGCUGAUCCUGGGCACUUACUUAUCCACCUACCCCGGUAUCCCUGACAGCCCAAGACACAGCAGGGAUCUGCUUAAAGACAAGUUCUCACACAAACCCAGGAAGUUAGCCCUGGCCCAGGUGCUCCAGCUUGCUUCUCAGGUGGAUGGUGCACGUCUUUGGGAGACCCAUCUGCGGCCCUUGCUGAUCGAGAGGGUGCCGGGUACGGCAGGCAGCAAAGUCGUACUCCAGCACAUCGUCUCCCAGCUGCGCUCACUUUCUGCAGGCUGGACUGUAGAGGAGGACUCGUUCCAGUCGUCCACUCCCAAAGGCCCCGUUACCUUCACUAACGUGCUGGCGGUGCUUGACCCCUCUGCCCCGAGGAGACUCCUCCUUGCCUGCCACCACGACUCCAAAAUUUUACCUAGAGACCCUAAAGACCCCUUGCGAGUAUUUGUGGGUGCCAGUGACUCAGCCGUACCCUGUGCCAUGAUGCUGGAGCUGGCAUCAGCGCUGGACACACAGCUAAGAGCUCUGAAACAACAGAGGUCUGCGGUGACGCUGCAGCUGGUCUUUUUCGACGGAGAGGAGGCUUUUGAGGAAUGGACAGAUACAGACUCUCUGUACGGCUCACGCCAUCUGGCCGAGCUCAUGGCGCACACAGCUCAUCCUCCAGGCUCCACGCAGACCACGCAGCUCCAGGCAGUGGAUCUAUUACUUCUGCUGGAUUUACUCGGAGCUCCAGAGCCACUCAUCGUCAAUCAUUUCGAUAACACUGCACGCUGGUUUGAUCGCCUUAUUGCUGCAGAGAAAAGGCUGCACCGCCAGGGCUUACUGUCAUCUCAUAGUUCAGAACAAAACUACUUCAGGAAGGAUGUUUAUCUGGGACCAGUGCAGGAUGACCACAUUCCAUUUUUGCUUCGAGGUGUACCAGUGCUGCACGUGAUCUCGACACCAUUCCCGCCGUUCUGGCACACACUGCAGGACACAGAGGAGAACAUGCACCGGCCGACAGUUGAGAACCUCACCAAGAUCCUCGCCGUCUUCGUGGCUGAAUACCUGCACCUCUGAGCCGACUCAGACACACAUACACACUCAGUGUCUUGAGUACCGGAAGAUAGCGAUGAAAUACAGACAUGGCAUUAGCUGUGGAAGUGUGAUACGGUUAUUUUAUUGAUAUUUUAUCUGCUAAAACAAGAGCCAUAAACUUACACGCUUUGGCAGCUGUUUCAAUCACUAAAAUGAAGACUUUUCAUCCACAGACAUGUAGCCAAAGACUGAUGAGCCUGUUUGUUCGACUUACUGCACACAUUUGAGCCAUUAACCGCUAACCUGCUGCACAUGCAGUGCUGGUUAGAUCUGAAUGUAUCUUAAAAUCAUCAAUUUUGUUAUUAAGCUUUCUGCAGGACCUGUGAGAAUGAGAGUGACCUCAACGAGAACAGUCUCCAAUUCUUUCCAAUUUAAUUACUUUGAAGAAAAAAAACAAACAAACACAACUAAAUUAAUGUGAGCUAACUGCUAAUGGUAAUGCUAACAACAAUUUCUUUGAGCAGCUACACACUUGAAAUAAAUAGCAAUAAAACAUCUUCU